AUGCAAAUCUUUGUCAAGACUCUUACUGGAAAGACCAUCACUCUCGAGGUCGAAUCCUCUGACACUAUCGACAACGUCAAGGCCAAGAUCCAGGAUAAGGAAGGCAUUCCUCCAGACCAACAACGCCUUAUCUUUGCUGGCAAGCAGCUUGAGGAUGGUCGCACCUUGUCCGACUACAACAUUCAGAAAGAGUCUACUCUCCACCUCGUCCUUCGCCUUCGUGGUGGCAUGCAAAUCUUCGUCAAGACUUUGACCGGCAAGACCAUCACGCUUGAGGUCGAGUCCUCCGAUACCAUUGAUAACGUCAAGGCGAAGAUCCAGGACAAGGAAGGCAUUCCUCCUGAUCAACAACGACUCAUCUUUGCUGGCAAGCAGCUUGAGGAUGGUCGCACCUUGUCCGACUACAACAUUCAGAAAGAGUCUACUCUCCACCUCGUCCUUCGCCUUCGUGGUGGCAUGCAAAUCUUUGUCAAGACCUUGACUGGAAAGACGAUCACUCUCGAGGUGGAGUCUUCCGAUACCAUCGACAACGUCAAGGCUAAGAUUCAGGACAAGGAAGGCAUUCCUCCCGACCAGCAGCGUCUCAUCUUCGCCGGGAAGCAGCUGGAAGAUGGCCGCACGCUUUCGGAUUACAACAUUCAGAAAGAGUCCACACUUCAUCUGGUGCUUCGUCUCCGAGGUGGAAUGCAGAUCUUCGUCAAGACAUUGACAGGAAAGACCAUCACACUGGAAGUCGAAUCGUCAGACACCAUCGACAACGUAAAGGCAAAGAUCCAGGACAAGGAGGGUAUUCCACCCGACCAACAGCGUCUCAUUUUUGCCGGCAAACAGUUGGAAGAUGGUCGUACCCUUUCGGACUACAACAUUCAGAAGGAGUCGACGCUGCACCUUGUCCUUCGUCUCCGUGGUGGCAUGCAAAUCUUCGUAAAGACACUCACCGGUAAAACGAUCACACUUGAGGUGGAGUCGUCUGAUACCAUCGAUAAUGUUAAGGCGAAGAUUCAGGACAAGGAAGGUAUUCCUCCUGACCAACAACGACUCAUUUUCGCUGGCAAGCAGCUGGAAGAUGGUCGCACGUUGUCAGAUUACAAUAUCCAGAAGGAGAGUACCCUUCACUUGGGUAAGUUGAUGGUUUUCUCUCGGAUAAAGCUGGGAUUAAUUGUCAUUCAAUAG